CUCUCUAGGAUACGACUGGACUGGACUGGACUGGACUGUUCAAAAACAAAGCUAGCUCCUCCUAGAAGUUCUCAGAAACAUCCCUCUCUUUCCGCCCAAUAAUCAACCGCUUUUCCGGACUCAACUCCUCCAUUUAUAGUACUUUAAUUUCUCGUCUAUCAAUCCACAACCCCAAAUUAACCAGCAACUGAAAUUCAGUCAUAUUGGGUCCGAUCCAUGGCUUUGGCUCGCUUGGCUCUGAAGAAGCUGGUUUCUCCUGCUUCUGCUCCGGCUCGGCCUCUAAUUAGGUCCAGGCUCUGGCUUUCUACUGAAGCUUCCGCCGGCGAGGUUGCAGUAUCCGAGGCCGGCGGCAGUAAGAAGAAGUCCGGGCUGUUCCCCAGAAGGCACCGCCGCAGGGGCGGCGGUCUCUGGCGGAACACCGGCCGACGCGAUGAUUUUGUUCCUGCUCUUUAUGAAUUCUUCCCGUCGGGGCUAGGCGACGCGCUCUUGCAGGCAAGUCGGAACAUCAACCGGCUGUUUGAGAACCUGGCGCCGGCGGGGCUGGUAGGGCGGGUGAAAGAGCAGGAGGACUGCUACAAACUGCGGUUCGAGGUGCCGGGGCUGGGGAAGGACGACGUCAAUAUCAGAGUCGAAGACGGCUUCCUCGUCAUUAAAGGAGAGCACAAGGAAGAGGAGGAAGCUGCUGGUUCGGAGGAUGACGACGACCACUACUGGGCGUCGAGGAGCUACGGCUACUACAACACCAGGCUGGCGCUGCCAGAAGAUGCCAAAGCUGAGGAGAUCAAGGCGGAGAUGAAGGACGGGGUGCUGACCAUCAUGGUUCCCAGAGCGGAGAGGUCCAAGCGAGACGUCAAGGAGAUUCAGAUUGACUAAUGAAAUCCUGCUAAUUAAUUUGCUAAGAUGGAUGGGGAUGGGGAUGGGGAUGGGGAUGGGGUGUUGAAUGAACGCAUGCAGAUUGGUUCUGCUAGCUUGUCCUGUUGAUGUGAGAAAUAAAGUU